GAAUUUGAGAUGUAUGUUUUGAUAACAGUUUGAUAACGUGAUUAUAUGAUUAUUUAUUGAAGUGGAUAUAAAUACGGCUGUCAUUCGUAAAUCAGCUGUUAUUAGAUAAAAUAUUCCUAGUUCUCGUUUUGUGUUAGAAUAAGAUGGCAGACCAAGGAUUUCUGAAGCCUACUCCAGGCUUCGCCACCACAGCAAUACACGCUGGACAAAGUUCAGAUAAAUGGAAAUCUUGUGCUGUAGUGCCACCCAUCGUGAUGUCCACCACCUUCAAGCAAACUCCUGAAGGACAUACUGGCUACAUCUAUGGCAGAUCGGGCAACCCAACGCGCCACACUUUGGAGGAGUGCCUAGCAGGAAUCGAGGGUGCCAAGUAUGCUUACGUAUACUCUUCAGGCCUUGGGGCGACCACUACUAUCUGCUCGCUGUUGGAAGCGGGAGAUCAUAUUCUGUCUAUGGAUGACGGCUAUGGCGGUACUCAUCGGCUUUUGAGCCAAGUCGUAACUAGAAUGGGAAUUGAAGUCUCAUUUACAGAUUUCACAAAACUCGAAAACUUAGAGAAGAAUAUCAGGAAAAACACCAAGAUGAUCUGGAUGGAAAGCCCAACAAACCCUUCAUUAAAGGUAGUAGAUAUCGCAGCGGUAGUCAAAAUCGCAAAAAGCCUCGGUGACAUAUUAGUAGCGGUUGACAAUACAUUCCUUACGUGUUACUUACAAAAACCCCUGGAUUUUGGAGCGGAUAUUGUGAUGUACUCCAUGACUAAGUACAUGAAUGGUCAUUCUGAUGUCGUUAUGGGCGCCGCUGUGGUCAAUGACGCAAAAUUGGCUGAGAGACUCAAAUUUUUGCAAAAAGCCAUGGGUGUCGUGCCCUCCCCUUUCGACUGCUACCUGGUGAACCGAAGUCUGAAAACCUUGGCUCUGCGUAUGGAACGUCACAAAGCGUCAUCCUUGGCCAUCGCCCAGUGGCUGUCGAAGCACCCUAAUGUUACAGAGGUCAUGCAUCCAGGAUUACCAUCUCAUCCACAAUAUGAAAUUUCCAAAAGACAGACUGCUGGUCACUCUGGGAUCGUCAGUUUCAUUCACACAGGAGGCCUGAAAGAGUCCAAGAAGUUCAUGAGCUCCUUGAAAGUGUUCAUCUUGGCUGAAAGUCUGGGCGGAUAUGAAAGUUUAAUUGAAUUGCCUUCGUUAAUGACGCAUGCGUCAGUGCCAGCAGAGCAAAGAGCUGAACUCGGCAUCUCGGACGCGUUACUAAGACUCACAGUAGGCCUAGAAGACGUUGAAGACCUCAUUAAAGACUUGGAACAGGCGUUUAAGGAAACAUUCUAAUGUCAAAGGAAUGUAAACCUUGUGUACUAAGACUUAUGAUUGCAUUUGUUUUUGAUGGAAACGUUUAUUUUUGUACUGUUAAUUUUUGUUUACUAUUAUAGGAUUUAAAGCAUAA